AUGAGGCAGGAUCCAAAGCUGCAGACCACCCCCUACGACAUCCCCACUCACGCCUCCCUCAGCCCCGAAAAGCUCUCGGCCCAGACCGAGCGCUUCAAGGCCCUCAAGCUCGAGCUCGCCCGCGAGUUCCCCGGACAGCUUGCCGUGCGUGGCGAGGCCCUCUUUGCCCGCAGCGUGCGCAUCUUCAACGAUGCCGCUCCCCUCGGCGGCUGGCUCGUGGCCCUCCCCACCUCGGCCCACGACAUCUCGACCCUGAUCAAGUUCUGCCGCAGGCACUCGCUUUCGCCCUCGAUCCGCUCCGGCGGCUUCGCCACCGCAGGCUGGGCCAUCCAGGGCGAGCUCAUCAUCGACACCCGCCUCAUGGACGACGUCAGGCUCACGCUUCCCAGGAAGCCUGCAUUGGUGCCGCACGCCUCAUCCUCUGAUGCAGCAGCAGCGACAGGAGCGGAAGAAGCAGUUGCCGCCGGCACCUCGACGUCGCACCCGAGCAUCGACGCCGCGGUCGACGGCGCCACCGUCACCUUCUCGACCGACUCGGUGGCAGACGUAGACACCGCCGCACACCGACAGAUCCACGACACCCGCGCCGCGACAUUCACAGAGGAUCUCUCACGCCUCCAGGCCAACGCCAACGGCCAGCAGGACGAGCACGGGAGGCGAUUCUCGGGCGCCCGGGUGCGCAAGGCCGAUGAGGCAUUCACCGACGGACAUCCCGAUGGGGCCGUCGACGGCGGUUCUGCCUCGACGCAGAGGUCGCCGGCGCUCAUCCGGCGCCGCACCGAGGAUGUCGGCGCCAGCUCCGGUCAGACGCCUUUCUCGCAGCAGCAGGAGGGUGCUGGCUCCGGUUCGGCGAUUGCGACCCUGAUGCAAAAGGGUCCAAGCUGUGAGAGCGGCGCAGAUGCCGACAGCGAGAGCUCUUCGGAGCGCUCGGGCGCCCAUGACACGAGGCAGCCCUCGCCCAACGUGCCGGACUCGCACCCUCGCGAUCAUGCCCAAGAGAUUAGCACCGACGACACCUCCAACGGCUACAUGACCGGCUCGGCCCCGCGCGAUCAGGCGCUGAAGCUCGACCUUGGCAGGGACGGUGCCGGCAAUCGGCCGCCCGUCACCUGGGUCGACCGCCAGAUCCAUCCGCGCGGCACCGGUUCCGCCUCCCCCAGCGGCUCCGGCAGCGGCUCCGGCUCUGGCUCCGGAAGCGGCAGCAUGCACUCGUCGAACCAGGCGUCGAGCUCCACCUCGGUCCCACGAUCCAACCAUUCGCACAGCGACUCGGCCAAGGACUCGUUCCCGUUUACGAGCAACCCUUCGCCACGGUCGAUGCUACAGCAGCCACGCCGGCCCUCGGACGAUGUGUCUGGAGAGAGGUCCGCGAGUCCGAUGGCGAUUGAUGGCAACAGCCCGCGUGCGGCGUCCCGCGCUGGUUCGGUUGCUGCUUCCAGCUCCGGGUCCUCGGGCCGGGGCCGGCAGGGCUCCUCUCAAAGCCAGACGCCGGACGACUGGGAUCCCAACUCGAGCUACGAGCACAAGCGGUGGCAGAAGCACCAUCGGCCCGAGGGCGCGCCCGGGGAUCGAAUCAACCUGCCGGCUGGGGGCUUUGUGUGGCGCAGCGACGGCCAGGUGACGUCGAGCAACAACGUCGUGCCGGGCCAGCUGCCCUGGGACUCGGCGGCUUUUGCAGCCAGCCACGACAGCGUCAAUCAGGGCCCAUCGUACAACGUGCAGACCUCGGGCAAGCUCACGUUUGAUCCGACGAGCCUCGACGUGCAGCCGCAUCAGCAGCACCAGCAGCAACAGUACCCGCCUUCGUUUGCCGCCAACAGCCUCGCGGACCUGCAGGAUGCUUGGCCAUCAAACAUCUGGGCGCACAACGCCGAAGCUGCCAACGGCGGCGGUGGCGCUUCCGACGAUGCCGAGCCGGGCCCGUCGUACGCCCGCUUCAUGCCGUCGCCCCUGCACACGGGCAGCCGGAUUUCGCCGACGAUCCUGGAAAGCGACGCCGCCAACCCGUACAGCUUUGCCGGGCGGGCCACGGUGCCACCGUCCGCAGCUGCCGCCAUCCUGCCGCCGGGCGUGUACGAGGACAAGUACGCGCUCGUCUCGCUAGGCCCUGGCGCGGGCAUCCGAGGGCUCGACGCCUUUACGGACAAGGCCGGCCGGGAGGGCAGCUUUGCGGCCGAUGAGGGCGACCCGGCCGCCCUUGACAAGGGCAAGCAGCGCAUGGACGCCGCCCCGGCCAAGACGUUUGUCAUCAACGGCGUGCCCUACCACGUGCCGGUGUCGGCCUACCCCGUGGGAUCCACUGCGAUGACGACGGGCGGAUUCGGAUACCUCACUCGGGCCUACGGGCUGUCUCUGGACAAUGUCGUCGAGGUCGAGAUGGUGCUCGCAGAUGGUAGGAUCGUCACGCUCAACGAGGACUCGAAGCAUAAGUCCGACGAGGAGCGAGAGCUCUGGUGGGCGGUCCGUGGCGCCGCGCCCUGCUUUGGCGUCGUCUCGCGGAUCGUGGCCAAAGCGUACCCGGUGCCGUCGGUCUACUCGGGCAACCUCAUCUAUCCGCUCAAUCCGGCGACGGCGGGGUCGCUGAUCCGGCACUGGCGCGACUGCCUCAAGGCCGGGCUGCCGAGGGCGUUCUACUCGAACCUGAUCCUGACGGCGGGUCCGAGCAAGACGUCGCACGUCAUUGUGAUCCAGAUCUGCUUCCUGGGCCCCAAGAGCGAGGGCGAGGCGCUGGUGCAGGCCAUCAGCAGCUGGUCGGGCGAGCGUACGCUGCUCAAGGACGUCGAGGAGCGCAGCUUCCUCAACCAGCAGGACGGCGUGGCCAAGGUGCUCAAGGGCGGCUCGGGACGGCGCUGGAUGAUCCGGGGCGACCUGAUCAGCACCUUGACCGACGAGAUGAUUUCGCAGAGCGUCCGCAGCUUCCAGGGCCUGGGCAGCCGGGCCGUUUGGCUGUUUGAGCUGCUGGGCGGGGCGGUCGAGGACGUCGGGGAGGACGAGACGUGCAUCUCUUCGGUGGCGCGCUCGGCCAAGUUUACCGUCGGGUCGCUGCAGCAGUGGAGCGGGCAGGCCGAGGAUCAAAAGUGCAUCCAGAGCGUCGAGCGCUGGCUGAGCGAGAUUGUAUCCAAGGUGAGCAUCGGCGGUCCCUACCCGUGCUUCCUGGGUCGGUCGGAGCGCCUGGAGCGCGUGGUGGGCGCGUAUGGACCGCGCAACUUCCGCCGCCUGAUGCGGCUCAAGAAGCAAGUCGACCCGGACGGCCUCUUCCGCAAUACCCUCGGUCACGGUUUCGUCCUCGGUGACCAGGAGGUCGAGGAGCUCCUCGCCGCCCUCGAGGCCAAGGAGAGGCAGCAGCUCGAACAGCAGCAGCGCGAGCAGCAGCGCCAGAAGAAGCAGCAGCAGCAGCAGCAGCAGCAGCAGCCCGACGAUGUCGCCGCGUCCGCACCACCAUCACCACCUGCCGAUGCAGAGGCUAUGGCGACGUAG